AUUUCCAGAGAAGUCACUUGCAUUUACCAUUGCUUGUAGUGACAUGGGGAGUGCAGGGUACCAACCGUUGUUGCUGGGGCUGGACUCCCAUUCCAGCAUACCCGACUUGUCUUCCGUCGUCAUUGAGGAGUUUUUGGAACAAAGGCCGGUGGCGCUGCGGUGGUGGCCCCGUCUUUUUGGAUGGGAAUCACGCCUGCUUUGGCUGUUAUCUGGCUCUUCUAUUAUUGUUUCUGUGUUCAAUUACAUGCUUAGUUUUGUUACGUUGAGUUUCAGUGGGCAUUUGGGUGCUUUAGAGCUCGCUGGUGCCUCCAUUGCCAGCGUUGGAAUUCAAGGUCUCGCUUAUGGAAUCAUGUUGGGCAUGGCUAGUGCAGUUCAAACCGUGUGUGGCCAAGCUUAUGGAGCCAAGAAAUAUUCAGAAAUGGGCAUCAUUUGCCAAAGAGCAAUUGUACUGCAUGUGGCAGCGGCUGUGCUCCUCACGUUCUUGUAUUGGUUCUCAGGUCCAGUUCUUAAAGCACUUGGGCAAUCGGAAAGCAUAGCCGAGCAGGGGCAAGUUUUUGCUCUCGGUUUGAUCCCUCAACUUUAUGCAUUUGCAAUAAGCUGUCCUAUGCAACGUUUUCUUCAAGCACAGAACAUAGUAAACCCUUUGGCAUAUAUGUCUGUUGGGGUAUUUUUACUGCACGUGCUGUUAACAUGGGUUGUUGUUUAUGUGCUGGAUUAUGGCCUAAUAGGGGCAGCUCUCACACUGAGUUUCUCUUGGUGGUUACUUGCUAUUUUAAAUGGUGCUUACAUUGUUUUAAGUCCUUCUUGCAAAGAAACCUGGACUGGCUUCUCUAUCAAAGCGUUUAAAGGAAUUUGGCCCUAUUUCAAGCUCACUGUUGCCUCUGCUAUCAUGCUUUGUUUGGAAAUUUGGUACAACCAAGGACUGGUGCUUAUAUCCGGACUUCUCGCUAAUCCUACAAUUGCACUAGACUCCAUUUCCAUAUGUAUGAAUUACCUGAACUGGGAUAUGCAAUUUAUGCUGGGCCUAGCUGCAGCAGCCAGUGUCCGGGUGAGCAACGAACUUGGAGCAGGGCACCCCAGAGUUGCAAAAUUUUCAGUGGUAGUUGUGACCUCAACCAGCAUUUUCAUCAGUAUAGUUUUCUGUGCAAUUGUAUUGAUAUUCCGGGAUGGUUUGAGUAAACUCUUCACAACUGAUUCUGAGGUUAUAGAAGCAGUUUCGAAUUUGACACCACUACUAGCCAUGUCUGUUUUCUUGAAUGGAAUUCAGCCUAUUCUGUCAGGUGUUGCCAUUGGAAGUGGGUGGCAGGCUGUGGUUGCAUACGUUAAUCUAGCCACUUACUACAUAAUCGGCCUCCCAAUUGGAUGUGUGCUUGGCUUCAAGACUUAUUUAGGAGUUGCAGGAAUUUGGUGGGGAAUGAUUAUUGGAGUUCUCUUGCAAACAGUAACACUGAUUAUCCUCACAGCCAGAACAAAUUGGAAUGCUGAGGUUGUAAAAGCUGCUGAGCGUGUGAAGAAUUCUUCAAAUGAGGAGACCUUAGACUUGGUGACUAAAGCAUGAGCACAUGACAUGUUGAUUCAAACUUUAUUAAUAUUUUAAACUGGAACAACAUGUAAGGUCAACAGUGAGAAUCAGAGAGUAAGCAAUAUAAGAACCCAGAAUCUGGGGCUCUGUAAACUAGAUUCUGAGCGUUCUAUAGUGUCAUGUUCAAAUCACAAGUUAGAGAAAGAAUUAGAUAGGAGAUUAUGUAUGUCAAUUUUGGCCUGUCUUCGGAUCAAAUGAAAGUCUAAACUAGUUAGUUCA